AUGGUUGGAAAGGGCUCCCCGAAGCUCAAUAUGAUUGCAAGGGCAUCACCAAAGUCACACAAGUUCCUAGCAAACCCAAGUGGUAUUAAGAAAAAGGCUUCUCCUAAAUGCAGUAAGGCAAAGAAGACUGGAGGUUCUCCGAGAGUAAAGCAAAGAGCAGAGUGGAAUCCGGCCCUUGAGAAGUCCCUGGUAGACAUUCUUCAUGAGUAUAAAGAUAGUGGCUACAGAGGUGACAAUGGUUGGAGCUCAGAAGGGUGGAAUAAGAUGGUGAAGGAGUUCCAUCUGAGGAACAAGUAUGUCAACUACACAAAGAGUCAGAUUCAAGAUAAAGAAGUGCAACUAAAGAAAGACUAUAGGAUGCUAAAAGAGGCAAGGCAGCAGAGUGGGGCCACCUGGAAUGAAGAUAGACAUGUGGUUGAAGGAACGCCAGCUCUGUGGGCUAACCUCGAAGUGACGUACCCUAAAAUCAAGAAAUUCCGCAACAGUAAGGCAAGAUUUCCAUUAUUUGAUGCUUUGGGAGAGCUUUAUGAUGGUCAUUUGGCUGAAGGUAUGUACAAUAUCACUUCCCAUGAGCCACCACAAGAGGAAGCACCAAUUCUACAAAUUCAUGAUGUAGAUGACUUGGACAACAAUGAGGUCCAUGAGCUACUAGAUGACGAUGAUUUAGUCACUGAGAUGCAAACAAGUGAGGCUGCUGAUGAAAGAAAUGAUGGGGGGGGAAUGAGAUCAUAG